AUGCCUGCCAUGCUCGAUGACCCUACCGCUCCCACCAUUUAUCGCACGUCUGGCACCUCCCCGUUUCCAGAUCCCCAUGAUCCACGCCCUCCUCUCCCCGUCGAUGUGUUCCCAAGGCAAGUCACUCUGCGUGACAGGGUUACCGUCGCCACCAUUAUUCCCUUUUCCACGCAGGACCAAGUGCCACAGUCUCUGCUCUCUUAUCUCAGUGACCAACUGAACAAGGAGAUUGAGACAGGGGAUACAUACCCAAUGCUCAACCCCAUGGCACCCGAGCAAUUCGCCUCAUACUGGUUCCAGAACUUUGGUGCCAUUAUGCUUCUAGGGGACAUCGGGGGUGUGGACGAGGUGGUUGAAGGGAAGAAUUGGGCUACUGAGUGUCUUGGGAGUUUUUAUAUUAAGCCCAAUUACCCCGGGCGAAGCAGCCAUAUCUGCAACGCCGGCUUCCUUGUGACGGACGCAGCGCGGAAUAAAGGUGUAGGUCGGCUUAUGGGCGAGAGCUAUCUCGAAUGGGCACCCCGACUCGGAUACGUCUACAGCGUAUUCAACUUAGUCUACGAAACGAACGUGGCAUCAUGCCGUAUCUGGGAUGCCUUGGGAUUCAAGCGGAUUGGCCGAGUAAAAGGAGCAGGGGAUCUGAAGAGCUACCCAGGACAGCUCAUAGAUGCCAUCAUUUACGGCCGGGAUUUGGGCCCUGAGGGCGAGGACUUUGUGAGUGAAGAGCGCUUCGACAAGAUCAAAUUCUACCUCAAAUACGGCAAAUAUCCAGCGGGUGCUGAUCGUGCAGAGAAAAGCAGACUAAGGAGCGCCGCCACACACUACAACCUCCUCCCCGGGACCGACAAGCUGAUGCUGAAGUCAAAGGAAGUCAUCUCGGAUCCACAGCGUCAGUAUGAGAUUGCGAGGAAUGUGCAUAUCUUGCAGCAUGGCGGGAUUAACAAGACGACCGCUACGAUUGCAGAGAAAUACCAUUGGGUCCGUAUUAAAGAGACCGUCAGCCUUGUGAUCAGAAAUUGCACCCAGUGUAAAGAAUUAGGGAAGGCUCCGGUUGUACGCGCCAACGAUGGUGUCCGCCCUUCCCCGGCUGCCCUUCGAUCCGCAUCUUCAUCAAGUCACGGGAGCGUUACUCUAGGAGAGAGUGGGUUAAGUCGCUCACACCCACACCAACACCCACAUCAACACCAUAUACAACAUCAACACCAAGAACAUCAGCACCAACACCAGCUUCAACAUCAGCUAGCCUCAGAUGAAAAAGGCUUCCCCGCCGAAGCAGGCCAAGGCUCCGUCUCACCCCAAGUGCUAAACCGUACACUGCCUCAAAACUCACAAUCCUCCCAUACGUCUCAUCCCCAUUCCCAUACCCACCAAAUACAGUUACAUCCGCCUCUCCAACACCCUCACCACGCACCCGCACCUAUAGCCCGCAUGGCAGACGCCUACAUGCCCCUAGACCCCCAGAUCAUGGACCCCCAAAUAAUGGAAGAUGUUCACCACCACUUAGGGAGUUACGACACCUCCGCCCACCACCACCAGCCCGAGCAUGUCCAACAUCACCACGAUUACCAAGACCAAGAUCAUGACUCCUUCCAGGCUAUGCUUUCCGUUUCCGCCGUCAACCAUCACCACAAAGGCCCCAUCGACGUAGACGAGAACCCAGACACAGAUUUGGAUAUGCUUAUUGAUCAGGAUGAAGGGGAUGGUGGGGGAGAGGCGGGAGGUCAUACGGAUGGGUCAGGGUACGUCGGAGGGGAUCAUCGAUUUGAUUCGCACGAGAGGGGAGGUGCUGCGGGUGAUGAGGCGGUUGUGCAGUUACACGCAGAGGCUGCCGCGAGGGCCGCGGAGGAGGCUCUAAGGAGUGUUGGUGUUGGGGGUGUCGGAGGUGUUUAG